UUGAAUGCUGCUUAGUGUAAUCUCUAGAAGAGCAGCUUUGCUUCACAAUGGGAGAAGAGACGGUUGGAAAAAGAAUAGCUACAGCUACAAUUCAGGAGCCGACGAAAAUAGAAUCGGAGAGCCGAACAAAGAUAAAGGAGUACUGCAAGGUAAUAUUUCCAUAUGAAGCACAGAAUGAAGAUGAACUGACAAUCAAAGAAGGUGAUAUUGUCAUUCUUAUCAAUAAGGAUUGCAUUGAUGCUGGCUGGUGGGAAGGAGAGCUCUGUGGCAAACGAGGAGUCUUUCCAGAUAACUUUGUUAAGCUUCUUCAGUCUGAUUUUGAAAGAGAGCGACCUAAGAAACCACCACCUCCAACGGCUCCUGCCAUCAAACAAGGAUUAGCUACCACAGAUAGAAAGCAUGAAAUCAAAAAGGUACCUCCUGAAAGACCAGAAUGUCUUCCUCAUCGAACAGAAGAAAAAGAAAGACCAGAGAGAGAUCAAAAACUGUUAGAUUUACAGAAGCCUUCUGUUCCUGCAAUACCACCGAAGAAACCUCGACCACCGAAAACAAACUCUUUGAACAGGCCUGGUACAUUGCCUCCGAGGAGACCAGAAAGACCAAUUGUGCCUAUGACCCAUACAAGGAGUGAUAUUCCAAAAGUAGAUAUAGUGGGUUGUACACUAUCCAGCACCUUAGAGAAAAACGCCACAGAAAGAAGCAAUGACAUUGACCUGGAAGGGUUUGAUUCUGUAGUACCUGUUGCCGAGAAGCUCAGCCACCCAACAACUACCAGACCAAAAGCUACUGGCAGAAGACCACCAUCUCAGUCAUUUACAUCUUCUUCACUUUCAAGUCCUGACUUUUUUGAUUCACCAAGUCCUGAAGAAGAGAAAGAAGAACACAUCUCCCUUCCACCCAAAGUAGCUGAACCACUGAAGAAAGCAAAGACUGUUACAAUAUCACUAGUAUCUGAUAACAAAACUUCACUGCCCACCAAGCCAGGGAGCUUGAUAAGUGGAAGCAAUGUUCCAUCUUCACUAUCAUCUUCAUCUUCAUCAGCAUUUCACUCAGUUUCAGUAGGAACAGCAGGUCAUCGAUCAAAUUCCCCAUCUUUGUUCAGUACUGAAGGAAAGCCAAAGACUGAUCAGACCAGCCAAGGUGAAGCUGCUUUGGAAGAGCUGAGAACACAAGUCAAGGAGCUACGAACUAUCAUUGAAACAAUGAAAGAUCAGCAGAAAAAAGAAAUUAAACAGUUGCUGUCUGAAUUAGAUGAAGAAAAGAAGAUCCGGCUACGAUUGCAGAUGGAAGUUAAUGAUAUAAAGAAAGCUCUUCAGUCAAAGUGAAAACCUGAUUGGCAGAAUGUUGUAUUAUUCAUCCUGACACAGACUUGGAUUUAUGCCCCAGAUAAAAUAACUUUGUGCCAAAUGAUUCAUUAUCUGCCUCUACACAUCCCUUUGUUUGAACAACUAGCACAAGAGUUUUGAUAGCACAACACAAGUUCCAGUGAAGAGGGGAAAUUUCCAUGAGAUACAGCUGGUUGGUUAUGGCACUGGGUUUUGAUUGAAAUUGUUCUUACUGUGCUGAAAUCUUCUCUACUUUAAGUUCACAAACAAACUGAAAACUCAGGCAGUUUAGUUUAUAGUGGUACUAUUUUAAUGAUAUUUUCCAUAAGUAAUAUGUACUUCAGGUUUAUCGGUUUACAAGUUUUAUGAUUUUGAUUUUUUAAAUUGUCUUUUGUCACAAAUUCUUACAAUGUUUGUACUGCAUAUAUCUAGAAAUGAAUGUUGACAUUGGGGUGAGGGGGCAUUUUGUUUGUUUUUUGCGUGCUCUCUCUUUCUUUGCUUUACAUAUGGCAGCCUAAUUUUGUGUUGUUAUUUUAAAUACUAUUACAUAUGCAAUCUUAUGUCCAAAAAUGAUCUACAAUUGAAUCUUAAGUUUGUGUACAAAAUAGUGUAUUUAAAAAGGAGAAAAAAUGAAGAGAUAUCUGGUCUUAACAAUGAUUUGUGCCUUCUUUUGCCAAACACUGAUUGAAGCUGGUUGUAGGCCAGAUUGUAGUAAUGUAGCUAUCACAAUGAGGCCUGACAGUCCACUAGAGGUCACUCUUUCUAUAUAUUAGUUGUUUGUUCAAUACGGAGAGACAGAUGUUCUUUACUAAGGUGGUGUAAUGGCUACAUCGGGUUGAAGGAGCUUUAUUUCAACAGCUAUAGCUUUUUUAAUCAACUGAUUCACCUCUGCUUGAUUUCAUUCAAACACGUAAGCACCUGCUUUCAUCUUCAGCUUUGCACAUCCUGGAUGAACGGAAUAUGCAUAAUCUAAGAGUAAAAAACGAAUAAAAUAUAAAUCAACAAGAGAGAGUUGUAUUAUUUCACACACAGAAUGUUGUGCAAUAUUAGCUUUCUGUUUAAUGUCAAUUGCCACAUUCUACGGUGAGCUUGCUGAUGACUGGAAAUGGAUGGUUUUAUUCUAAUAGCAUCCUUGCAGCUGGGCUUUCUUGCCUUUAGAAUUACAUUAAAGAAAUGUUUACUUUUGGUAUUUGUAGGCAGAGAGGUUUUCAUAUUUUUAUGGUAACAGACUGUGUAUGAGAGAUUUUGUGUGUCUCUGUGUGUGU